AACACGGCUUCUCGCAUGGAGAGUAAUUCACUCCCAGGUAGAAUCCAGUCCUCGGAAGUCUUCUCCAAACUACUGCAACAGCAGGCUCCUCACAUUGAGGUAACUUGCAGAGGGAAGAUUCCAAUCAAGGGGAAAGGCGAAAUGAAAACCUACUGGAUUGGACUGGAAGAAACGGAGAAGAUGGCACAUCGACAGCCACCCGAGGAAGCAGCGCCUGGAAAGCCUUCGGCGCCAUCUCAAGACAACAACUUGGGGGACCCAGUCAAACCAACUGCAAAGGAAACGUUCUUGACCGAAAUAGAGUGCUGA